UCCCCGCGGCCCCGGCGCGUGGGACGGCGUGAGCGCGGUGUCGGAGGGAUGUCCGCCUUCUCCGAGGCGGCGCUGGAGAAGAAGCUGUCGGAGCUGAGCAACUCGCAGCAGAGCGUGCAGACCCUGUCUCUGUGGCUCAUCCACCACCGCAAACACUCGCGGCCCAUCGUCACCGUGUGGGAGCGGGAGCUGCGCAAAGCCAAACCAAACAGGAAGCUUACUUUUCUAUACCUAGCCAAUGAUGUCAUUCAGAACAGCAAAAGGAAGGGACCGGAAUUUACAAAGGAUUUUGCACCAGUUAUAGUGGAAGCUUUUAAGCAUGUUUCAAGUGAAACUGAUGAAAGUUGUAAGAAACACCUCGGAAGAGUUUUAUCUAUUUGGGAAGAAAGAUGUGUUUAUGAAAAUGAUGUGUUGGAUCAACUUAAGCAAGCUUUGUAUGGUGAUAAGAAACCCAGGAAGCGAACUUAUGAACAGAUAAAGGUGGAUGAAAAUGAAAACUGCUCCUCCCUGGGCUCUCCCAGUGAACCCCCACAGACUCUAGAUCUCGUUAGAGCACUGCAAGAUCUGGAAAAUGCCGCUACCGGUGAUGCAGCGGUUCAUCAGAGGAUAGCUUCUUUGCCUGUUGAAGUCCAAGAAGUAUCCCUACUAGAUAAAAUAACAGAUAAAGAGUCUGGAGAAAGGCUUUCUAAAAUGGUAGAGGACGCUUGUAUGCUGCUGGCAGAUUACAAUGGCAGAUUGGCUGCAGAAAUAGAUGAUAGGAAGCAACUCACUCGGAUGUUAACGGAUUUUCUUCGCUGUCAAAAGGAAGCCCUUGCAGAGAAAGAGCAUAAACUGGAAGAAUAUAAGCGCAAGUUAGCCAGAGUUUCCCUGGUGCGCAAAGAACUCAGGUCCCGGAUCCAGAGCCUGCCAGACUUAUCUCGAUUGCCUAAUGUCACUGGGAGCCACAUGCACCUUCCUUUUGCGGGGGACAUCUACAGUGAAGAUUGAUGACCGGUCUCUUCCCAGAGCACCAGGACUUUGCAAGAAAUGGAGACAGGUUAGAAGAAUAGUCCUGUAGCAUUAUUUUUGUAUAUUGUUGAGAGGGUGACACUAACAAAAGGAAUGCGUAAUUUAUAAAAUUGUUUUAAGAUAUUGGUUUGUUUACUACUUUAUUGGUAAAUUAACAUGACUUAGUUUAAACAACAUGAUGAUAUCUGUGUAUUAAUAAGCUUCCAAAUAGUGAUUAUUUUCAAAAGAUUUUUUUGUAAAUUUUUUUGAUCCAGGGCCUUGUGAGAAAUUCUAUGUUUCUAUUUCUUCAUGUAUUUUUGAAUGUUUUUUUCUUUGGUUUCUUCAGUAUCUGAUCACUGUGUACUAUGUAAUUUCUAAAGGAGAAGAACUAAUCAGGAAUGAGUUGAGACUUUAUUAUGGUAUAGUCAGGACUUGAUUGUAGAAGGGACUAAAUGUCUAACUUAAUCUUCACCCUUCUCCCCAACCAAAAUGUCAGUUUUGUGCCUCUCAAUGCCUUUGAUUCCUUAUUCCCCAGAGGUCAGUAACGUACCACUAGACAUGAAUGUCAACUUGAGAGUCAGAUCCAAACAAGAACCUUUUUCUACAAUAGAGAUUCCAUUGCAGCUACUAAAGUAGAAAAAGGCGUGUGCCAUAAAGACUUCCUUGACUGAACUAUUUAGAAUUAUUUGGGUAGAUUAAUGUGGAAAUGCUUUGGACAUGUGAAACAUUUUGACACACCACCCAAAGGACACCUUUGAUUCUGGAACUGAUACCUGUUUGUCAUUUCAGCCUCCUUUGAACAUAGAUGAUCCCUUUAACAUAAAGCUAUCUAUGGGAUUUUAAAAAGCGUAAAAGAAUGAUACUUUCAUUAUUCCCUUAGCCAUGUAGCUUUAAAAACAAUUGUAAUUUUUAGCUCUAAUAGCUCAAGAUCACAAUAUUUCAUGAUACUCCGUAAAGUAGCCUGGGACGUGUUUAAUGUUUCCUCGAGGUUUUUGAAUGCCUAUACAUUUGGAAAUGAAGCAGUGCGACACUACAGGGUAAAUCUGGUAAAUUCUAUAUUUGUAUAUUCAGAAUUACCAAAACAAAUGUACUUACACCUUUUAUUUUUAACCCUGUGUGUUAGAAUAGUUGCAUGCUCUCAUGCUUUCAUUUUAAGGCACACCCCGUGUAGUGGUGGAUUUGUAUCCAAUAAUGACUUAGUAUAAAUAUUUUUUUCAGUUAUUGCUUCACAUACUAGACAUUUUUCUUUGUGUUGUAAGCAGAUUUAAAUUAGA